AUGAAAAAUAGUUAACAGAUGAUUGAUAGGAAUACCUAAAUAAAAUGAAAAAUCACUCGUUUGGUUAGUUAAAAAAAAAUAGUAUUGUGUGCGACUGAAAAUUUGAGAUGGCAAAGACGGCGAUGGACGAGUACGGCCGGAGCAAGACGUGUUCUCCUUCGGCCUACCCUCCAGAAGACCUCAUCGAUGUAAGGGACUUCUCCUUCCGUCUCCCACCCGGGAUAAAGGCCAAAGUCAUCCAGACGGACGAUUACAGUAGGAUCACCGUAGUCGAGUUCAGCGUGAUGAUCAACGGUUUUUUCCGUUCCAUCGAAGUUGACAUCCGCGAUCUUGACAAAGCGCGCAGCGAUCUCUACUACUUCGCCAGGUUGUACAGGACGGACAUCUGGGAACAGUGGCACCGUAAUCACUUCACCCACCGGGCCAUCGAAGCUCUGAAAGCCUCUCGGCCACCCCUCACAAAGAAAACGCCUUCAUCUCAUUCAUGGAAGUACACCCUCCUCCAAAACAAGAUUUUCGACAGGCGCAUGAACGGAGCGAUGGUGCCUUUCUGCAUCCUCAGAGAGAGGGUUAAGGCGAGCAACAAACCAUUGUUAACCAUCAACAAGGGUUACGUCGUCGAUAGAAGAGGAUACCUCAAUAGCAGCACAACAUGAACAGAAUUUACGAUCGCAAAUGUUUUAAGUCAUAAAAUUUCAUUCGAUCGUACAAUUGUAUCAAACUGAGGUGGAAAAAGGAUCUCGGCUCUGAAAGAUCGCGGAAAACAAACAAGGAUGAUAAUAUUUUUUUGAGGAAGACGCCCAACGAUUGU